ACAAUAUACGCAGUAUGUACCGCGCAUCCCAACGGGAAGGACGUGCCGCGCGCGCUCUUGCUAAAUUAAUUACAAAAAAAUCCGAAAAUGCCGCCACUAUAUAUAAUAUCUGCGAUAGUUGCAACCUAUAUCUGCUUGGUGCAAGGACCUUGCAAUAAUCAAGAAUGGAAAACGAUCGCCAAGAGUUAUGCGCUGCUGAAACUACGAGAACACGAGAAUUAUAUAUUAAGAGAAUCGUCUUGCACCACGCCCAGCGGUGGCAAGGGCCAAUGCCAGUCGAUUAUCAACUGCGCACCACUUCUGGCCAUCGUGAAGAAAGCCAAUAAACGUACACCAGAGGAGACCGAGCUGUUGAGAGCAUCCGUUUGCACUUACAACAGUAAUGUGCCUGAAGUGUGCUGUCCGCAAGACGAGCCGCCCGCAGUGCCAGACCGGAGGUGCUUCAGCUAUGAUGGCAAGAACGGCACGUGCCUGGGCCUGUAUUCGUGCCCGCAGCUAAAGAAACUGCUCAUGCCGCCAGUAUCGAAAGAGAGCUUAACAUAUGUGCAAAUAUCUAGAUGCGAGAGCCCAGACCAAUACAGUGUAUGCUGUGGCCCCGACGACGUCGUACCACCAGCCCCCAGUGCCACCAGAUUCUGUACCCCCACGGCUGCACCACCAGACCCUCGCACGGAAUGCUGUGGUCUGGAUAGCGGAGGGGGUAAUAGGAUAUUUGGUGGCAACGUAACCGCUAUAGACCAAUACCCUUGGCUGACGCUCAUCGAGUACCGUGGCAUCAGAGACAAUAGGAUCAAACUACUCUGUGGAGGUGCCCUCAUCAGCGGCCGAUACGUCCUGACCGCUGGACACUGCGUGGCCGGACCCGUGCUCACUAUUGGUACACCAAUCAACGUGCGUCUCGGCGAAUACGACGUCUCACACGCAGGACCAGAUUGCACUGAAGUGGAAGGGGGUGGUACGGACUGCGACGAUGGUGAUAUCAGCAUACCCAUAGAGGCUACCAUCCCGCACAGGGAUUACGACCCUAAUGCUAAGCUGCGGAGGAAUGAUAUUGCCUUGAUACGAUUGAAGACUAUGGCGCCGUAUACUGACUUCAUCCGCCCAAUCUGCCUGCCAACAAUGGACAUAACCGUCAACCCUCCACCAAAACUAAUGCUCGAAGUGGCCGGUUGGGGAGCUGUCAGCGACACGCAGAGCUUCAGCAACAUAAAGCUGCAUGUGGAUCUGCCCUUAGCUACUAAAGCGCAAUGCGAGCCAUAUUACAAACAGCGCGAAGUACCCUUGUGGGGCGGUCAGCUCUGCGCCGGCGGCGAGAAAGGCAAAGACUCUUGCAAGGGCGACUCCGGAGGGCCUCUAAUGAACGAGAACGGUCGACUCUGGGAAGCUGUGGGUGUCGUCAGCUUCGGCCCAACGCCGUGUGGCAUGGAACACAUCCCGGGCGUUUAUACUAAAGUCUAUGAUUACUUACCGUGGAUUCGCAGUCAGAUGAAACCGUGAUAAUGUACUAAGGAAUUCAACUGUGAUUAGGAUCGCUACGUUGCUACGUUGUGACGUUUUCGCUCUUAAUUAAUACCUAAAUAAUUAUUGGUUUCAAAUAUCGUUGAUUAAUUUGAUGCAAGAGUUGUAAAAGGAUCUUAUUUUUAAAAAGACAUUUGACACACAAACGUGUCUUUGUAUUGAGUAAAUUAUUUGUGUGUAAUUAAUUGUUUGCGUGUAUGUGAAAUAAGAUAUAAGAUUUAUGUUUAAA